AUGACCAACUGCCGCCACCACUCCGGGUACCUGGCGGACGAUGAGGCCGGACACAUCACCUACCGGCCGCGGGUGCGGCCGCCCAGGAAGCCACCGUUCCUGAAAACGGGGCCAGCCCCCAGCCUGGGCCACGUGCCGCACCCACCGUCCAUAUAUGGCCCCUCGGGCAGCUCAGGGCUUCGCAGCCACCGCGGGAGCACGAGGGACCCUCGGCCCUUCGGUAACUUCCUGGACUUCCUUGUCGAGGGCCAGGUGCUGGAGAGCCUGCAGCGGGUGGUGGAGGAAGCUACCGAGCGCAUGAUGGCCGCCAAGACAGAGACUGGGGAGCCGCUGGUGGAGGUGCAGGACCCGGUGGAGGCCCCGAGGGGCGGGCGGCGCGCCCGGACCCGGCCCAGCCUCAGCACGGUGCACCGGCACCACGCCCAGCCCAGCCUCUGCAUCGGGCACCCCAACAACUACCCAUCCUGCUCCAGCUCCGUGACUGACUCACUCAGCAACGUCACAGCCGGCUUCCCGGGCGCCCACGGCCGGGACAGCGACCCGGGCUACCGCGGCCUGGGCCCACUGCCACCCAUCAGGGACAGGCUCCUGCAGGAGAAGAGCCUCAGACGGCUGCUGAGGCUGGAGAACAAAGGGAAACGCCUGUCCUGCUCCCAGGCGGACUCCCUGCUGUGGGACUCGCUGGGCUCGAGCUUCGCUACACCGGAAGUGUCAGAGCUGGGGCUCGGCGAGAGGGAGCUGAAGUUCCUCAAGAAAGAGUUCAACAAGGAGAUCAAGUCCUUGCUGAGCCAGUCGGAGGCCUUCAGCCUGCCCGGCUACUCUUCGAUCCGUGAGCCCCAUCGGACCCUGGACCUCCUGGCCAACCACCACCUCUUCCCCGCCCUGCAGGGUGUGGUCAACCAGGCCGUGGACAAGCUCAGUGGCGCCCUGUGGGAGAACGGCUACCCUCUCUUCCCCUCGGAAUGGGAGCCCGCCGUAGACCCCAAUUUAGAAAGCACCCCGGGCUCCACGCUGGCCUCCCCCAUCCCCGAGGAUGAGCUCUACGAUGAUUUCCCCGUCAACGCAGACUCCAGCUUCAAGAUGAUGGGCAGAAAGACCAAGAUCAAGACACGGGACAAGACGAAGGAAGGUGGUUCCACCAUGCCUAGUGCCCAAGGAGCCACCAGAUUUAGGCUCCAGAGCCCCCAUUACAGGAAGAAGCCAGUACUGCCCUCCAUCUCCUCCAAGUCCAUGUCUUACAUCUCCAACCCCUGGUCUGAGGAGCUUAUCAACGACAUGACGGAGCAGGCUGUCUCCUUGCUUGUGUGCAAGUACAAGUUUGAGAAGAACCUCACCAAGCAGCUGGGCCUCAUCUCCUUCCCCAUCACUGAGACACUUGUGGACCUCUUGCUGGGCUUCAAGGAAGUGAAAGGCUCCAACAUCUGCCUGGCCUCGGAGGUCAACUGGAACGUCCUGCUGCGGAUGAUGGAGGAGGCCCAGUGGGCCCGGCAGGCGUCCCUGGAGGCCUCCCAGCAUGGCUCCUCCCAGCACAUGGCCUCCCCGCCAGGCACCUCCCAGAACAGCAUAGACUCCCCCACCAUGUUGUCUGUGCCGGUCACUGCCCUGGAUCAGGUGGUCGAGGAGCCCGGCCCCCAGGUACCCAUCCCUCAGGAGAACAGCACAGCUGAGGAGCACAAGCCCACGAAACCGUUGGAGCCCAAGCUCUCCACAUCCCCGAGCACUGGCCUGGGCUUCAGGCAGUCUGAGCAAGUGGUGGACAUGGGGGAGAGACAGAAUAGGGAGGGCGAGGGAGAGAUGGAGGGGGAAGAGGAAGAGGAAGAGGAGAUAGAGAUGGAUGAGGAGGAGGAAGUGGAGGAGUAUGA